AUGGAGCAAAAUGAAUCUAAACAAGAGACAGCCCAAUGUGAAGCUUUUGGCUGCUCAGUUCAAUUUGAAGAUGAAAAUUACUGCCAUGUACCUAAAUGGGGACUCACUGUGUGCCAGAAGUGACGAAAUGACCUUUACAGUCAGGAAACAUACUUUUGAUCCCAAGACUUAAAGAAUGCUGAUAAAGAAAUUCAAAGAUUGCUAUUUAUGCUGCUAACUACAAAGCAAAAAUAUAUGGAAAUUACUGGUAAAAUGAAAGUAGAUCAGCAGCAUGUUAGAAUUGUAGAUUCUCAAAUUCAGCAAGCACAAGGAUAUUUGAAGAAGAUUGAGGAUCAAGAUGAUAUAUCAGCCUUAGGAGAAGUUCUAAGCAAUACAAGAGACAUUAAGCAGCAAUUUGAAAGCAGCUUUCCUGUAAAAAUUAUUAAAGAUAUCCUUUUCAAACAAUGGCUAGACACCACAUCAGCUCCCGUUCAUCCUCAAGCUUCACUCCAGCCUAUCCCUACCACUCUCUGAACCCCUGAUCCAGCUCCAUCAUCUCAACCAGCUCCAUCAUCUCAACCAGCUCCAGCUCCAUCAUCUCAACCAGCUCCAGCUCCAUCAUCUCAACCAGCUCCAGACCCCACCGACUUCCUCAAGCGCUCUUUCCAACAAUACUUCACUCUAAAAUCCUCACCUGCUCAGUCACCUCCUACUUGUCUUCCUCUUUCACUUCCUGCAGAUUCCUGUAUUACACUUAACUUUGAGCUGCCUUAUUCCUCGCUUGCCCAUCUUCUUGCACAGACUGUUGGCAAAGAAGCGUACCCUGAUCCUUUCAACAUCACUGAAGUGAUGUUGCCCCCGCUCAGGGCACUGGCAUUGGCCAAUGUGCCUGGGCCAAUCCCUGAUUUGGGCAGGUUCUGUGAUAAGACAGUAAAAGGGCCUUUACAGGCCUUUUACUGGAAUUAUCCAGCUCUGGAGAAAUAUUGGACUGAGAAGGUGACAUUUGAUGGUAUAUCAAGCAGUAUUUAAGAAUAUAAGUGAUGAGAUUCUAUUUCUUUGUGCAAAGAUAAAUAGAAAUACAUUUAUUGAAAUACUGAACACAGCUACAGCUAAAAGAAUCAUUUUCCAAUAUUCCAAAAUAAAUCUAUCCUCAGAAAAUUCAAAAGAUCCAGAAAUUCUCCCUCUUACUAACACUAAAACACAAGAAAUUUCUUUCCAGGAAUGUUGUGGUGAUGAUAUAAAUCUUACAGAAUCCGAUUUGGAGUUGCUCAUAAAAUCUAUUUGAACCACAGAGAUGCACAAAUCUCUAAAAACACUAAACAUCAGUGAAUGUAGAACCACUGUAGAAAAGGUAAAGCUAUUAUUUGAAAAACAUGGAAACAGCAGUGUUGAAGUUGUAGAUGAGUAUUGGGAACCUCAGUAUAUUGAAUAAAAAUUCAAC